UGUGAGAUUUAAUUAACUUCAUCCGAAUAUUGUAAAGAGUAUAGUUAUAACUUGAAUAAAUUAUAAAACGAAAGAAAUAGAUUACUACAGAGUCAGAAGUGGGAUACACUAUCGUGCUCACAUAGUGAAUAGUGUAGUGAAUAGUGCGGUGAAUAGUGAUUUUUAAUAAAUUUAAAAUCAUGAGUCGUGACCGAAGAUCAAGGCGGGACCGUGAUCAUGAGAGUGAUCGUCACCGGAAAGAUCGGCACAGAUCUCGAUCACCGCAUCGCCACCGGGAAUCACCACCUCGGCAGAGGGGUGCUUCCAAUAGUCGAUUGAAUCCAACUGUACCAAACAAUCGACAAACUGACAGUGAAGCCAGCAGCAGCAGGAGUAGCGAGUUCCUGAUGAUUGAGAAACUCACAGAGGUCCUCUCAGGCUUUGCACAGUCAGCACGUACACCAAGACCUAGCGGUGGCAGUUUCACCAACGAGAAGGCGAUUCCGGAGUUUGAUCCCAAGGAAACCAGCCUAUCUGCUGCGGAGUGGAUUGCCAAGGUCAGCGCACACGCUAGUCUUUAUGGAUGGGACGAGCGGACAACACUUUAUAUGGUGACAUGCAGGCUUAAAGGUAACGCAAAACUUUGGUAUACAGAAUUGCAUGAUUCGCAGUUAACGUGGGGGGCAUUCUCUUCUUUAAUUGCCGAGCAGUUUCCGGGUGAGUCGAAUUACAGUAAAUUAUUUAAAGAAGCCGCGAACUUCGAAUGCGCCGUAGGUCAUGAUCUUGUUGCGUACUCUUUCCUUAAAAUAGGAAAAUUGAAGAAAUUAAAACUUGAAAUACCGGAGAAUAAAUUAGUUUCAUGUGUAGUUGGGGGGAUUCAAGACGAUUCGAUCCGCACUACUUUAAUGACUCAUAAAUUCCAAACUAUCGCGGAAUUGAAUGAGCGUCUCGCGAAUUACGAAACUACGCAUAAAUCAAGAGAUAAGAGUAAAGACGCGAAAAGGUCACACGCGCGAGAGUCCAGUAAAGUCAAAACUCGGGAAGACAAAUCGAAAAACGUCUGUUACGGUUGCGGUAAACCUGGUCACCAACGUCACAACUGCCCAGAAGCAGAUAAUAUUAAUAAGCCAAGUAAUUUGAAAUCGACCAAAGAAACAUCGGAUGAAGACCCGUGUGGUUAUUGCCAUAAACCGGGUCAUACGGAAAAAAAGUGCUACACCAAGCAGCGGGACGAAGCUAGGAAGAAGAAAUCCGCAUGACUAGAUGUAUGCUCAGUCGAAGUUAGUAAACCAUUAAUAACAUGCGUCGUGAAUGAACAAGGGAAAGAGUGUAUGGUUGAUUUGGGCAGCGACUGCUCAGUCAUACGAGAUCGCGAAGCUCGCUCUUUGGGAUUAAAACUAAGACCAACUCAGGAAACAUUGUCCGCGUUUAAUCAAGCCGUAGUAACCCCAAUCGCGAGAGCGAAAUUGAAGCUCAAAAUCAACGACACUACCUUUAGAUUAAAAGCGUUUGUGGUCCCAGACGAUCAGCU